GUAGACACUUCUCAUACAAAGACUAGUCUCUAUAUGUAGCAAUUGAUAUACAACCUUAUCCCUUAGCAAUAAAGUGCAUUUUGGAUUGAUUUCACUAUAGCAGGGGAACCCGCGGAUCAAUACCACCAUACUAAAAAUAAUUGUUUAGUGUCCUUAUGUUGGUAGUAUUGUUAGUUUGACAAAUGAAAAAAAAUGUCUGUCAAUUGAGUUUGAGUUUUUAACCGGCGAAUUGAUUCGUGUGAAGUUAUUUUCUCAGAUUUGGUGCAAUAUUACUGUAAAUAAACUUUUCUGUCGUUUACGUUGAGUUGAUUAAGUUCCUCCGUAUCGGGCGUGAUAAAGUUUGCUGUUCAGUGUUAUGUUUUUUGUGAGAUAGAGACUCUUUUAAAUAAGCUGUGUUUCAACUUCUACAGAAGUUUAAACUCUUAUUUACUUUUCUGUUUAAUGGGUAUGUUAUCUACUUACUUGAAAUAUUAGAUCUAUUACAAAUCUAUUUUUCAUUAAAAACAACCCUAUGUGAUGAAAAUGUAAAUGUACUUUCAAAACUGGUAAAUGCAUGAACCAGGGCAUUGACACUGGUUGGAGAGAAAUUAUAGGCUUUGUUUAAUUAAUACCUAUUUCAUUUUAGGCUUCUACUGAUAAUGGAGAGUAGAAACAACAAGAAGUGCGUUAUUUGUAAUAAGAGGCGAAGUCGUGGUGGAUCACCCUUACUUUUGAGUAGGUUUCCUCUGGAUUCUGACCGUUGUCGAAGGUGGGUUAAAAAUGCUGGCAUAGAAGACUUAGCAUAUGUACCUAUUGAAAAGUUACACCAACUUAAGUUUGUUUGUGGUGGGCACUUCACUCCUGAAUCCUUCAAUGCCAAAGGAACUCGGCUGAAGAACUCAGCUAUUCCAACACUGGAAUUGAGCAAUCCCAUCUUGCCAGAUGAAGUUUUGACAGAGUUUCCUCUUCAUGUAAAAGACUCCAAUAAAGAAAACCUCAAGACAGUUCUUUAUGAUCAUUCAUAUUGCAUUCCAAAGAAGUCAAAUCCAGUUGAACGAGUUCCCCUUACAACCAAACAACUAAAUUCAACAUGUUUGGGAACUGUGGAUAUACCAGAUUCUGGUAUUUCUGCGAAAACAACUUUUGAACCUCUUCCUUCUACUUCCAAUGCACCAGAACAUAUGACCUAUAAACCCAUUGCUCAUGAUGAUAAAAACAUUUGCCAUCAAGAUGCACAGGCAGAAAUAUUAGUCCACAGUUAUAAAAGACCUAAGAAAAACAUUGAAAUGAAAGACACUUCAUCAACAUUUACAAUUAAAGAGAAGAGGCUUUGGCGACAGUUACAAAAUGCAAAAAAAACAAUAAGGAAUAUAGCGAAGUCAAGAGUGAAUUUAGACAAGUUAGAUUCGGAAGUGCUGACAUCGUUAGUAAAGGAUGUAGUGCAGAAUAACAAAAAAAAGUCACAAGGAAAAAGGUGGACUUUAGCCAACAAAAUAUAUGCUUUGGCUAUAUUUAAACGGUCCCCUAAAGCAUACCGCUAUAUGCAAAAGCUGUUUACGCUACCAAGCACUAAAACGCUCCAAAGGAUUUUAAAAAAUAUACCAAUGGAGCCUGGUAUAAAUAAAAAUAUAAUUGAUAUGUUAGAGGCAAAAGCAUCAAGUAUGCCAAAGGAAAAUAAAUAUUGCUCGUUAAUAUUUGACGAGAUGGCGUUAAAGAAACGGAUAAUUUAUAACGAAAUUGCUGAUAAAGUGGAUGGCUACGUGGAUUAUGGAGAGGGCGAGAACAUGGGACGAGAAAAGAAAAUUGCAGACCAUGCGUUAGUGUUAUGAUACAGGGUGCUAAACAUAAAUACAAACAAUAUAUUGCGCACUAUUUUGUGGAAGGCACAAUAUCAACAGCAAAACUGGCAAAAAUUAUAUCGGACAUCAUCAAAAAAUUAAAAGAAAUCGGAUUUGUGGUUCUAACAACAGUUUGUGAUCAGGGAUCUACAAAUAUAGGAGCUCUUAACAUGUUAAAAAGAAACUGUGGACAAGGCAUAGAUAGCAACUUUUUCUCUGUAAAUAAUGACAAAAUUUUUAUAAUCUAUGACAUCCCUCACUUGUUCAAAUCAUUACGAAACAAUUUCUUUAAAAGUGGAAAUAUGUCUUUCGAUGGAAAAAUUGCACAAUGGAGGCAUUUGGUAGUUGCAGAAGAACACAACAGAAAUUUUUUAAAUUUUAAAAAACUGAAUAGUACCAUUGUAAAUCCAACAUUCAAAACUAAGAUGAGGGUGAAGUAUGCUGCGCAUGCUCUGAGUAAUACCGUGGCAGCUAUUUUAAAAAUGAUGGCAUGGAAAGAAGUUUCUGAUUGCAAUGAUACAGCAUUUGUGAUUGAACAGUUAGAUAAACUAUUUGAUUGUACAAAUGGUCCAUCAUCUUUAAAUGACGUAAAGAAAGGGAUCCGGGAAAAUGUUUCCACAUCAAGUAAUCACAUUGAGUCUUGGACCUUUUAUACUGAUAAGUUAAAAACCAUAAAAUUUAUAACAGCAGAAAACACGAUACUAAAAAAUGUUAAAUGCGUAAAGGGAUAUCAAAUAUCUAUCAAAUCCUUAAACGAUAUUUGGGAAAAGUUAAAGAAUGAAGGGUUUAAAUAUAUGAACCUUAGACAGUUUAACCAAGACUCUCUGGAAAACUUAUUUGGAAUCAUUAGGCAACACAGUGUAACCAAUAGAAAUCCCACUAUCACGCACUUUACUGCAGCGCUUAAAACAAGCAUGGUUACUGGGCUGAAAGUGCCUCAUAGCAGAAGUGCUAAUUGUGAAGCAGACAACAAUAAACAUAUGCUGGAAUAUAAAGACAUUUUAAAAACUAAUUUAAAAACAACAGAAAUAAAAAUUAAUGUUCAAGAUUCCACAGACACUGAAUUUUAUCCUGUGUUGUCUAUCCCGGACCCUGAAAACUUAGCCCAUUGAAAAUUUGUGUAGCCUUGAAAACCAACCAGUAGUAUAUGUAAGCGGGUAUUUAGCUGCCAAACUAUUACAGAACAGUUCUUGUUUAAUUUGUGAAGAGUGUUUGAGCGUGAAAACUCCUGUUGACAAUGAUUUGUAUGCAUAUAUAUCUCUUCGCGAAUGGUGGCAUGAUAAAAAAAGUCUCGUUUAUCCAACAAUUCAAUUAUGUACCACCGUAAAUGAAGCUAAACAAUUUUAUCAUGACCAUAUUGCCGACCAGAUAUAUAUGGAAAAUGUUGGAAAAUUCAUUUUCUUAAUGUUGAGUACAAAUUGUAAUUUUAGUUGGUUUAAAUGUCAACAACAUAAUAAAGAAAUUUAUGAUAAGAUGUUUAAAAUAUUAAGUUACCUUUUUCUAAGAAAAAGUUGUAAAAUCAUUAAUGACAGCUUCAUAAAAAGUGAAAACAAUUUUGCUGACAAAAGUAAAAAAGCACAGCAACAAAGCAUUGAAAAGUAAUCUUGAGGCUGAGGUUCGAUCAGCUGAUAAGAAAAUUAAAGAUGUUUAUAAAUAAAAAUCCUAUUUUUUCUUAGAAAAAGUUGUGAAAAUAAAAGUUUACAAAAUUAUCAUUUCUGUACUUUGUUAUAAUAUUCAAUAAUUCCUCAUGCCUACAACUGCUAUGUCAUGUUCAAUACUUAUUGUAAUAUACCUAUUUUAUUUCGAAAUAAAUAAUUUACGUUACAAAACUUCGUUUUACUUACACAUAGUAUAAAAUAAAAAUAGUAAUCAUUAAAAUAUUGAAGGUUCCUAUACUAGAUAUCGAUAUGCAAUUACAACCCUAGCAAAGUAUCGAUAAUCGAUAAGUUAUUACGAACGUCACUAAUACUGUCAGAAAAUAAGGCAUUAUGUUGGUAGCUCCGCCUGCAGUUUGUGCGGUUGGUAAAGAUUUGCGGGUCGUUCUCUAAAAUGCAUAUGUGUGCGUGAGCUCAAAAAAUAUCUAUGGAGUGCCGUCUCUUACUCUUUUAUGCUCUUUGCUUGUAUGGGUCAUUCCACAAAAAUAUGUCAACUCUUAGUCCGCGCCACAUUUCACAUGGAAUAUUUGUUAAUAUUUUAUUCCAAAAUUGUUAAAUAACAGCUC